AUGCAACCGGAGAAGUGUGGCUCUCAGCCCGGAGGGGCUGUGGCGGCCCCCGCUGCUUGGCAGAAGUUUGGGGGAUGCUGCCUACGGAAGCAGCUCCUCUGGGCUGAGGCCGGGGCUGACUCCAUGGAGGGGGCCCCCAGGUGGGCCCAGCCCUCCCGAGACACGAGUGUCCGCCUAGCCAACCUCUCCACUGGCUUUUCUAAUAGAUACCUCACCCUGAAUAUGUCCAAAAUUCAGCUCUACUCCACCUUUUCUCCACAGUCUUCCAGUCUCAGUCAGCAGCAGCUCUAUCCUUCCAACUGCUUGGCCUCUGAGUUCACCGUUUUCCAGCAACUUCGCCGGCUCCGGCCUCCCACUGGGCUUGCCAGCAGCGAGGAGACGCACCCGCAGGCGAACUCACAGGAUCCAGAGGGGGCGAACGGGGCUCGGAUCCCGGAGCCGAGGGCUGGCCAGCCGCCUUCCCGAGCUGGGAUCGGGCCCCACCCGGGUCUUCAGCGGGUCCAAGGGAGGCCCAGAGGGCGCCGAAGAAAACAGGCUGAGUGGGGCUGGGAAAGGCGCGCAGUUGCCGAGAGGAAGGGGCCUGGAGGUCACCUGGCCGCCUCCCCGGGGACCUCGGAGCUUGGUGCGGCCACACCGCCGGCGGGACAAGACUCGAUCCCGCCCAGGAAAGGGAGCGACUUUCUCUCCGGCCCACCCCAAGGGAAAAUAAACGGUCUCUGGCACUUUCCUGCAUUCCUGAUUUUUAACAAAACUAUUGUUGGAGGUUGGCCCCUGUGCUUGCUCCUCGGCGGGAGCAAACCUGCCCACUCCCGGGCCCGCGGCGGAGCCAGCGCCAUCCAGCAGGCAGGCCGGGAACAAUGCCUCUUUGUAGCGGGCCCUCGAGGCAGCUGCGGCUCCGCCACGCCCAGGGCCCUCCCCUUAGAGAAUUCCGAAAGCAGUCGCAAGCCCUGCUCUUCCUCGAGGUCUCGACCUGGGAAGAAAGCAAAGCAUCCUUUCUAAUCCUUCCGAGGGGGUGAGAGAGAAGGGAACUGACUUUUCCUGCGCUCCGUGUGUGCCAGCCCUUGAAUCCUCCCUGGCAGCCUUGUCCAGAGGAAUUAUUACCCGCCUUUAGUUUAUGUGCCUUGUGCCAGGUCCCACAAUGGUAAAUGGCAGAGGGGAUCUCAAACUCAGCGCUGUUUAAGAGAAGUUAUAUAUACAUAUUUUUUUUCUUUUCACCACCCAGGGUUGAGGA